UCAGCUAUUGAAAAAAGUACAAAUAAAGAAAGGGGAAGUUGAAAAAAUGAAUGACGAGGAAAGAAAGGAUGAACUAAUAAAAAAGAAAUUGGAACAAAGUGAUCAUCUACAAAGGGAGAGUGAAAAAUUGGAGGUAAUACAAGAAUACAAGAGAAUACAAGAGGAGGUCAGUCGGACAAAGCAGGAACUUCAACAAGACAAAAAAAUAAUCGAGCAAAUGAAAGCUGAAAUUAAAAUUAAACAAGACAAUUUAAACAGUAGACAAGAGGAAGUAUUUAAGGAAAGACAAGAGUUGGAGAAGCUCAAGGAGGACACAGUCAGAGCCAAAGAGGAGACUGAAAAAAUUAAGACAGAACAACAAAAAGAAAGAGUCGAGCUUGAUCGAAUAAGUGCUGAGCUGAAGACAGACAAAGAAGCUCUAGAUAGAAACAGAGAGCUCAUCAAAUUAGACAAGGACACAUUAAAUAAGAUUAUGUCUGAGAUUUUAGAGCAAAAUGAAGAAAUAAGGAGCAGACUGGAAAAUAUAAAAGAUGCAGAUGAUACAAUAAGACAAAUGCGAGAAAAAAUUUUACUUGAAAGAGACAAUAUUCAGCGGAUUCAUGUAGAAAUAAAGGAGCCAUAUAAAAAAGCCAAAUAUGAACUUGCUAAAGUGGAAGAACAAAUAAAAAGACGUCACAAUGAAGCAGAAAAGGAAUAUCAGGAGGAGAACGAGAAAAUUCAGAAAAGGAAAGAUGAGCUAAGGAUCGAAAAGAAGCAGAUUCAAGACAUGAGAAAUGACUUAAUUAGACAGAAAGAAGAGACAGAAGCCAAAGUGGAAAGAACAAAAAAGGAAAUGCAUAAACUUGAACAGAUGAAGGUAGACCUGCAGAGACAGAAGGAUGUCAUUGAGAACAAAAGUGCAGAGACUAAAAGAGAGAUGAAUAAACUUGAACAGAUGAAGGCUCAGAUAUUAUGUGAAAAAGAGGAUGUUACAAACAAAACGCAACUUGCAAAAGUAGAGAUGGAGAAGGUACAGCAUGUCAAGGAUGAAAUACAACAACAAAGAAAUGACUUGAGGGAAAAGAUGCAGAGGGCAAAACGAGAGAUGGAAGAAAUGGAACUCUUGAAAAAAGAAAUAGACAGAAAUAGAAAAGACAGUGACCAAAAGAUGAAGCAGAGUAUAAGGAAAAAAGAUGAACUAGACAGAAUCAAAUGGGAAAUACAAACAGAAAAAGAAGAACUUGAACGCAAAAGAGCAGAGAUUGAGAGGGCUAGAUAUGAGAUGGAACGUAUUAAAACUGAAAUUCAAAAAGUUAGGGAGGAAUCUGAGGUUAGGUAUGAGGAUUACAGUUUUUACGAUGAAGACAAACAACAAAUUAAUGCUGAGAUGAUCAACCUGAUUCUUCAAAUCGAGAAAACCAGAGAAAUGAUAAGGGAUACAAAAUUUCAUAUGGAAGACAGCCAGCUGGAGGCAAGUAAUGCAGGGGAGAUGAAUGCUGAGAUGCAAAAACUAAUUGUGGAAAUUGAACACAUAAGAGAAAUGCUCCAACAUCUUAAAAAAGAAAUGGAGCAAAACAAGGAUGUUCUUAUUAAAGAAAAGGAUGAGAUGAGAAUGCUAAAGACUGAAAUUCAAAGAAAAACAAGAAUUCUGGAAAACAGAGAAGAAAAGAACAGGAGAAAACGAGGCGAGUUAGAACUAAUGAGUGUCAGGAUACAGAAACAGAAAGAAGAACUGGAUAAGAGAUUGGAAGACAUCAAACAACAGAAUAAAAACACAGAGAAACCUGAAAAACAAAUUAUGUUGCAAUCUGAUGUGCAAGUGCAAACUGAAUAUUGGGGAAACAUGGCUGACGAAAAAAGUAGAAAGGAUGAGUUGAAAAUGCAAAUGUUAGAAAUAAAGAAAAGUGAGAUGAAAUUAGAAAAGGAAAAAGAGCAAAACAGAAUUCUUGUUGAAGAAAUCCACCAGAAGAGGAAAGCCUUGGAAAUGAUGGCUGCAGCAAUAGCAGAGCAAAAUGAAGAUUUAGAGACUAAAAAAGAGCUUCUUGAGAAGGAGAAAAAUUACAUUGUAAAACAAAGGAUGCAGGUGCAGGCAAAAAGCGAAGAGUUGCAAUUGCAAAUCACAACACAAAAGAAGAAGGAGGGCAUAGAAAGAUUGGCAAUAGAGCAGAAGAGAAAAGACCUGAAAAAGGAAAUGACCGAAAUACUUAAGGAGAGACAAGAGCUGGAAAAACUCAGGAAUGACGUAAUCAGAGCUAAAGAGCAAACAGAGAUAGUAAAGACAAAACAGCAGAGUGAAAGAAAUGAGCUUUAUCGAGUCAGUUGUGAACUGGUGAAUGAAAAAGCAGCUCUGGAUAAAAGCAGAGAACUCCAAAUUAUUGAAAAGGAAAAAAUUAAAGGAAUUUUGUCAGAGAUUCUCGAGCAAAAUGAAGAAAUAAAGAGUAGACUAGCAAGAAUCAAACAAUCAGAGGACACAAUAAGACAAAUGCAAAAAGAAAUUGAGUUUGAAAGAGAAACUCUGCAUGGCAUUAAAACAUUGGUGGAGAAUAAACCAUAUAUAAAAGCCAAUAAUGAACUUGUCCAAGUGAGAGAAGAAAUGAAGAGUCUUCGCACAGAGGCAGAAAGGGAAAAUCAGCAUGAAAAAGAAAGGAUUCAGAAAAAAGAGGUAGAAACCAACAUGUCAAUAACGAAAAUGGUUGAACUUGAACAGAUGAAGUUGCAGAGACAGAAAGAGGCAAUUGAGAACAAAAUUGCAGAAACUAGUAGUGAGUGGAAGAAACUCAAUCAGAUAAAGGCUGAGAUAAUAGAGCAAAAAGCGGAUGUUGAAAACAAAAUGCAAAUGGUAAAAGCAGAGAUGGAAAAGGUGCAACUUGAAAAAAUGGACAUACAACAACAAAGAAAUGAAUUGGAGGAAAGAAUGCAAAGGGCAAAGAAAGAUAUAGAAGAGAUGGAACUCAUGAAAAAAGAGAUGGAUUGGAAAGAAAAAGAUCUUGACCAAAAGAUAAAAAAGGUAAUUAGAAAUAAGAAUGAGCUUGUCAGAAUAAGAAUGGAAACAGAGAUGGCAAAAGAUGACAUUGAAUGCAAAAGGGCAGAGGCUAAGAAGGAGAGAUAUGAGAUGGAACGUGUUAAAGCUGAAAUACAAAGAGCAAGACAGGAAUUUGAGAAUUUAAAAAUGAGGGAAAACAGUCUGGAUGUGGAAGAGAAAGGGGACAUAAAUGCUGAGAUUAUCAACCUGACUUUUCAGAUUGAGAGAAUUAGAGAAAUGGUCAAGGAUACAAAAAUUCAUAUGGAAAAUCAACUGGCAGAAAGUCAACUAGAAGCAGGUGGUGAAGAGGAUAUGAAUUCUGACAUGCAAAGGCUGGUUGUGGAAAUUGAACACAUCAGAGAGAUGCUACAGCAAAUUAAAAGCGAAAUGGAGCUAAAUAAGGAGCUUCAUAGAAAAGAAAAGAGUGAAAUAAAAAUAUUAAAGAAUAGUAUUGAAAGGAAAAAAAGAGAACUGGAAAACAAGAAAGAAAAAAACAGGAGAGAACGAGAUGAGCUGGAAAUAAUGAAUGCCAGGAUACAGAAACAAAAAGAAGAACUGAAAGAAAGAUUUAAAGACAUGGAACAAAGAAAUAAAGAGAAAGAGGUGAUGAGAGUGGAUGAAUUGGAUGGAAUAUACACUGACAAAUUGGUAAAAAUGAAAGCGGAUAUACAGGUGCAAACUGAAAGCUUAAUAGGAAUGAAUAAAACUCAAAGUGAAGAAGAUGGAUCAGAAAUAAGUAAAAAUGAAAAGAACAAAAUUGAGCCUGAAGUAGAAAAACAGAAAAAUAGGAUUUUUGUUGAAGAAGUUCACCAGAAAGAGAAAGACUUGGAAAAGAUGACUGAAGAAAUUGCAGAGAAAAGUCAAGAUAUUGAGAUAAUGAAAGUGCUCCUUGAGCAAGAGAGAAACGAUAUAAAAAAUAAAUGGUUAGAGUUGCAGAUAAGAGGUGAUGAGUUGGCAUUACAAAUUAAAACACAAAGAGAAAAGGAGGACACAGAAAGAAAGAAAAUGAAAGAGGAGAGACAAGAACUGGAAAAUGAAAUGACCAAGAUCCUGCAAAUGAAAGAACUGGCUGAAAAAGAAAAGGAGGACUUGGUGAGAAACUGGAAAGAACUCGAGAUUCUUAAAGAGCAAAUACUAAAAGAGAGAGCUGAACUAGAUGAAAUUAAGAACAAAACAGCAACUAACCAAACGUUACUUGGUGAAAAAGAGGCUGAAAUGAACCAACAAAAGCAAACUGUGGAGAAAACUUUGAAGGACUUGAUGGAGGAACGAACUCAUUUGGACAAAAUGAGAGAGGAACUUGAUGCGCAAACACAACUAAUAGAAAGCAGCGUCAGAGACGACCUGAAACAAGAGAGAGACAAAGUUGAUGAGUUAAUGAAAGUAGUACAAAAGGAGAAGAUGGAUUUUGACACUGUGAAGACAAUCACAGAUGAUUCAAAGAAUGAUCUAGAAAAAAUGAAAGCCACAUUAGCAGCUGAACAACAUGAACUGAAAGUAGAAAAACAAAAGAUGGAAGAUGAGAGAAAAUCCUUCGAGCAGUCAAAGGCAUCUAUGCAGAAAGAAGGCGAGGAAAUGAAGAAUGCUCUGGAAAAGGCCAAACUAGACAUGCAGAUACUUCAUGAAAAUAAAACGGAACUGGUAAAAGAAGAAGAGCAAAAGAUGAAUCUUGUUAAAGAAGUUCACCAGAAAGAGAAAGACUUGGAAAAGAUAAAAGGAGAAAUUGCAGAGAAAAGAAAAGAUAUUGAGACAAUGAAAGUGCUUCUUGAGCAGGAGAGAAACAACAUUGACAAUAAAUGUUUGGAGUUGCAGAGGAGAGGUGAAGAGUUGGAACUGCAAAUCACAACACAAAAGGAAAAAGAGGACGUAGAAAGAAAGAAAAUGAAAGCGGAGAGACAGGAACUGGAAAAUGAAAUGGCCAAGGUCCUGCAAAUGAAAGAACUGGCUGAAAAAGAAAAGGAGGACCUGGUGAGAAACUGGAAAGAACUCAAGAUUCUUAAAGAGCAAAUACUAAAAGAGAGAGCUGAACUAGAUGAACUUAAGAACAAAACAGCAACUAACCAAAGGUUACUUGGUGAAAAAGAGGCUGAAAUGAUCCAACAAAAGCAAACUGUGAAGAAAACUUUGAGGGACUUGAUGCAGGAAAGAACUCAUUUAGACAAAAUGAGAGAGGAACUUGAUGCGCAAACACAACUAAUAGAAAGCAGCGUCAGAGACAACCUGAAACAGGAGAGAGACAAAGUUGAUGAGUUAAUGAAAGAAGUACAAAAGGAGAAGAUGGGUGUUGAAACUAUGAAGACAACCACAGAAGAUUUAAAGAAUAAUCUAGAAAAAAUGAAUGCCACAUUAGAAGCUGAACAACAUGAACUGAAAGUAGAAAAACAAAAGAUGGAAGAUGAGAGAAAAGCCUUCGAGCAGUCAAAGAUAUCUAUGCAGAAGGAGGUCGAGGAAAUGAAGAAUGCUCUGGAAAAGGCCAAACUAGACAUGCAGAUACUUCAUGAAAAUAAAACUAAACUAGAAAAUGAAAAAGAGCAAAAUAAGAUUCUUGCUGAAGAAGUUCACCAGAGAGAGAAAGACUUGGAAAAGAUGAAAGGAAAAAUUGCAGAGAAAAGACAAGAUAUUGAGAUAAUGAAAGUGCUUCUUGAGCAGGAGAAAAAUGACAUUGAAAAUAAAUGGUUGGAUUUGCAGAGGAGAGGUGAAGAGUUGGAACUGCAAAUCACAACACAAAAGGAAAAUGAAGACAUAGAAAAAAAUAAAAUGAAAGCAGAGAGACAAGAACUGGAAAAUGAAAUGACCAAGGUCCUGCAAAUGAAAGAACUGGCGGAAAAAGAAAAGGAGGACUUGGUGAGAAACUGGAAAGAACUCGACUAUCUUAAAGAGCAAUUACUAAAAGAGAGAGCUGAACUAGAUGCAAUUAAGAACAAAGCAGAAACUGACAAAACGUUACUUGUUGAAAAAGAGGCUGAAAUGAUCCAAAAAAAGCAAACUGUGGAGAAAACUUUGAGGGACUUGAUGAAUGAAAGAACUCAUUUGGACAGAAUGAGAAUGGAACUUGAUGAACAAACACAACUAAUAGAUGUGGAAAAGGCCACAUUAGACACUGAACAACAUGAAUUGAAAGUAGAAAAACAAAAGAUGGAAGAUGAGAGAAAAGCCUUCGAGCAGUCAAAGGCAUCUAUGCAAAAAGAGGUUGAGGAAAUGAAGAAUGCUCUGGAAAAGGCCAAACUAGACAUGCAGGUACUUCAUGAACAUAAAAUUGAACUAGAAAAGGAGAAAGAGCAAAAUAAGAUUCUUGUUGAAGAAGUUCAUCAGAAAGAGAAAGUUUUAGAAAAGAUGAAAGGAGAAACUGCAGAGAAAAGACAAGAUAUUGAGACAAUGAAAGUGCUUCUUGAGCAAGAGAGAAACGAUAUUGACAAUAAAUGGUUGGAGUUGCAGAGGAGAGGUGAAGAGUUGGAACUGCAAAUCACAACACAAAAGGAAAAGGAGGACGUAGACAGAAAGAAAAUUAAAGAGGAGAGACAAGAACUGGAAAAUGAAAUGGCCAAGGUCCUGCAAAUGAAAGAACUGGCUGAAAAAGAAAAGGAGGACUUGGUGAGAAACUGGAAAGAACUCGACAAUCUUAAAGAGCAAAUACUAAAAGAGAGAGCUGAACUAGAUGCAAUUAAGAACAAAAUAGAAAGUGACAAAACGUUACUUGAUCAAAAAGAGGCUGAAAUAAAGCAACAAAAGCAAACUGUGGAGAAAACUUUGAGGGAGUUGAUGAAUGAAAGAACUCGUUUGUACAAAAUGAGAGAGGAACUUGAUGCACAAACACAACUAAUAGACGUGGAAAAGGCCACAUUAGACACUGAACAACAUGAACUGAAAGUAGAAAAACAAAAGAUGGAAGAUGAAAGAAAAGACUUCGAGCAGUCAAUGGCAUCUAUGCAGAAAGAGGUCGAGGAAAUGAAGAUUGCUCUGGAAAAGGCCAAACUAGACAUUCAGAUACUUCAUGAAAAUAAAAUUGAACUAGAAAAGGAGAAAGAGCAAAAUAAAAUUCUUGCUGAAGAAGUUCACCAAAAAAAGAAAGAUUUAGAAAAGAUGAAAGGAGAAAUUGCAGAGAAAAGUCAAGAUAUUGAGACAAUGAAAGUGCAGCUUGAGCAAGAGAGAAACAACAUCGACGACAAAUGGUUGGAGUUACAGAGGAGAGGUGAAGAGUUGGAACUGCAAAUUACAACUCAAAAGGAAAAAGAGGAUGUAGAAAGAAAGAAAGAGAAAGCAGAGAGACAGGAACUGGAAAAUGAAAUGGCCAAGGUCCUGCAAAUGAAAGAACUUGCUGAAAAAGAAAAGGAGGAUUUGGUGAGAAACUGGAAAGAACUCGAGAUUCUUAAAGAGCAAAUACUAAAAGAGAGAGCUGAACUAGAUGAAAUUAAGAACAAAGCAGAAACUGACAAAACGUUACUUGAUCAAAAAGAGGCUGAAAUGAACCAACAAAAGCAAACUGUGGAGAAAACUUUGAGGGACUUGAUGGAGGAAAAAACGUAUUUGGACAAAAUGAGAAAGGAACCUGACACACAAACACAACUAAUAGAAAGCAGCGUCAGAGACGACCUGAAACAAGAGAGAGACAAAGUUGAUGAGUUAAUGAAAGAAGUACAAAAGGAGAAGAUGGAUGUUGAAACUAUGAAGACAACCACAGAAGAUUUAAAGAAUAAUCUAGAAAAAAUUAACGCCACAUUAGAAGCUGAACAACAUGAACUGAAAGUAGAAAAACAAAAGAUGGAAGAUGAGAGAAAAGCCUUCGAGCAGUCAAAGGCAUCUAUGCAGAAGGAGGUCGAGGAAAUGAAGAAUGCUCUGGAAAAGGCCAAACUAGACAUGCAGAUACUUCAUGAAAAUAAAACUAAACUAGAAAAUGAACAAGAGCAAAAUAAGAUUCUUGCUGAAGAAGUUCACCAGAGAGAGAAAGACUUGGAAAAGAUGAAAGGAGAAAUUGCAGAGAAAAGACAAGAUAUUGAGAUAAUCAAAGUGCUUCUUGAGCAGGAGAAAAAUGACAUUGAAAAUAAAUGGUUGGAUUUGCAGAGGAGAGGUGAAGAGUUGGAACUGCAAAUCACAACACAAAAGGAAAAUGAAGACAUAGAAAAAAAUAAAAUGAAAGCAGAGAGACAAGAACUGGAAAAUGAAAUGACCAAGGUCCUGCAAAUGAAAGAACUGGCGGAAAAAGAAAAGGAGGACUUGGUGAGAAACUGGAAAGAACUCGACUAUCUUAAAGAGCAAAUACUAAAAGAGAGAGCUGAACUAGAUGCAAUUAAGAACAAAGCAGAAACUGACAAAACGUUACUUGUUGAAAAAGAGGCUGAAAUGAUCCAAAAAAAGCAAACUGUGGAGAAAACUUUGAGGGACUUGAUGAAUGAAAGAACUCAUUUGGACAGAAUGAGAAUGGAACUUGAUGAACAAACACAACUAAUAGAUGUGGAAAAGGCCACAAUAGACACUGAACAACAUGAAUUGAAAGUAGAAAAACAAAAGAUGGAAGAUGAGAGAAAAGCCUUCGAGCAGUCAAAGGCAUCUAUGCAAAAAGAGGUUGAGGAAAUGAAGAAUGCUCUGGAAAAGGCCAAACUAGACAGGCAAGUACUUCAUGAACAUAAAAUUGAACUAGAAAAGGAGAAAGAGCAAAAUAAGAUUCUUGUUGAAGAAGUUCAUCAGAAAGAGAAAGUUUUAGAAAAGAUGAAAGGAGAAACUGCAGAGAAAAGACAAGAUAUUGAGACAAUGAAAGUGCUUCUUGAGCAAGAGAGAAACGAUAUUGACAAUAAAUGGUUGGAGUUGCAGAGGAGAGGUGAAGAGUUGGAACUGCAAAUCACAACACAAAAGGAAAAGGAGGACGUAGACAGAAAGAAAAUUAAAGAGGAGAGACAAGAACUGGAAAAUGAAAUGGCCAAGGUCCUGCAAAUGAAAGAACUGGCUGAAAAAGAAAAGGAGGACUUGGUGAGAAACUGGAAAGAACUCGACAAUCUUAAAGAGCAAGUACUAAAAGAGAGAGCUGAACUAGAUGCAAUUAAGAACAAAAUAGAAAGUGACAAAACGUUACUUGAUCAAAAAGAGGCUGAAAUAAAGCAACAAAAGCAAACUGUGGAGAAAACUUUGAGGGAGUUGAUGAAUGAUAGAACUCAUUUGGACAAAAUGAGAGAGGAACUUGAUGCACAAACACAACUAAUAGACGUGGAAAAGGCCACAUUAGACACUGAACAACAUGAACUGAAAGUAGAAAAACAAAAGAUGGAAGAUGAAAGAAAAGACUUCGAGCAGUCAAUGGCAUCUAUGCAGAAAGAGGUCGAGGAAAUGAAGAUUGCUCUGGAAAAGGCCAAACUAGACAUUCAGAUACUUCAUGAAAAUAAAAUUGAACUAGAAAAGGAGAAAGAGCAAAAUAAAAUUUUUGCUAAAGAAGUUCACCAAAAAGAGAAAGAUUUAGAAAAGAUGAAAGGAGAAAUUGCAGAGAAAAGUCAAGAUAUUGAGACAAUGAAAGUGCAGCUUGAGCAAGAGAGAAACAACAUCGACGACAAAUGGUUGGAGUUACAGAGGAGAGGUGAAGAGUUGGAACUGCAAAUCACAACUCAAAAGGAAAAAGAGGAUGUAGAAAGAAAGAAAGAGAAAGCAGAGAGACAGGAACUGGAAAAUGAAAUGGCCAAGGUCCUGCAAAUGAAAGAACUUGCUGAAAAAGAAAAGGAGGAUUUGGUGAGAAACUGGAAAGAACUCGAGAUUCUUAAAGAGCAAAUACUAAAAGAGAGAGCUGAACUAGAUGUAAUUAAGAACAAAGCAGAAACUGACAAAACGUUACUUGAUCAAAAAGAGGCUGAAAUGAACCAACAAAAGCAAACUGUGGAGAAAACUUUGAUUGCCUUGAUGGAGGAAAGAACUCAUUUAGACAAAAUGAGAGAGGAACUUGAUGCGCAAACACAACUAAUAGAAAGCAGCGUCAGAGACGACCUGAAACAGGAGAGAGACAAAGUUGAUGAGUUAAUGAAAGAAGUACAAAAGGAGAAGAUGGAUGUUGAAAGUAUGAAGACAAUCACAGAAGAUUUAAAAAAUAAUCAAGAAAAAAUGAAGGCCACAUUAGAAACUGAACAACAUGAACUGAAAGUAGAAAAACAAAAGAUGGAAGAUGAGAGAAAAGCCUUCGAGCAGUCAAAGGCAUCUAUGCAGACAAAGGUUGAGGAAAUGAAGAAUGCUCUGGAAAAGGCCGAACUAGACAUGCAGAUACUUCAUGAAAACAUAACCAAACUAGAAAAGGAGAAAGAGCAAAAUAAGAUUCUUGUUGAAGAAGUUCACCAGAAAGAGAAAGACGUGGAAAAAAUAGAAGGAGAAAUUGCAGAGAACAGACAAGAUAUUGAGAUAAUCAAAGUGCAGCUUGAGCAAGAGAGAAACAACAUUGAAAAUUAUUGGUUGGAGUUGCAGAGCAGGAAUAAAGAGUUGGAACUGCAAAUCACAACACAAAAAGAAAAGGAGGACGUAGAAAGAAAGAAAAUAAAAGAGGAGAGACAAGAACUGGAAAAUGAAAUGGCCAAAGACCUGCAUAUGAAAGAACUGGCUAAAAAAGAAAAGGAGGACUUGGUGAGGAACUGGAAAGAACUCGACAAGCUUAAAGAGAACAUACUAAAAGAGAGAGCUGAACUAGAUGUAAUUAGGAUCAAAACUGAAACUGACAAAACGUUACUUGAUCAAAAAGAGGCUAAAAUGAACCAACAAAAGCAAACUGUGGAGAAAACUUUGAUUGACUUGAUGGAGGAAAGAACUCAUUUAGACAAAAUGAGAGAGGAACUUGAUGCGCAAACACAACUUAUAGAAAGCAGCGUCAGAGACAACCUGAAACAAGAGAGUGACAAAGUUGAUGAGUUAAUGAAAGCAGUACAAAAGGAGAAGAUGGAUAUUAAAACUAUGAAGACAAUCACAGAAGAUUUAAAGAAUGAUCUAGAAAAAAUUAAGGCCACAUUAGAAGCUGAACAUCAUGAACUGAAAGUAGAAAAACAAAAGAUGGAAGAUGAAAGAAAAGCCAUCGAGCAGUCAAAGGCAUCUAUGCAGAAAGAGGUCGAGGAAAUGAAGAAUGCUCUGGAAAAGGCCAAACUAGACAUGCAGGUACUUUAUGAAAAUAAAACCGAACUAGAAAAUGAGCAAAAUAAGAUUCUUGCUGAAGAAGUUCACCAGAAAGAGAAAGUUUUAGAAAAGAUGAAAGGAGAAAUUGCAGAGAAAAGACAAGAUAUUGAGACAAUAAAAGUGCUUCUUGAGCAAGAGAGAAACGAUAUUGACAAUAAAUGGUUGGAGUUGCAGAGAAGAGGUGAAGAGUUGGAACUGCAAAUGACAACACAAAAGAAAAAUGAGGACGUAGACAGAAAGAAAAUGAAAGAAGAGAGACAAGAACUGGAAAAUGAAAUGACCAAGAUCCUGCAAAUUAAAGAUCUGGCGGAAAAAGAAAAGGAAGACUUGGUAAGAAACUGGAAAGAACUUGACAUUUGUAAAGAGCAAAUACUAAAAGAGAGAGCUGAACUAGAUGAAAUUACGAACAAAGCAGAAACUGACAAAACGCUACUUGAUCAAAAAGAGGCUGAAAUGAACCAACAAAAGCAAACUGUGGAGAAAACUUUGAGGGACUUGAUGAAGGAAAGAACUCAUUUGGACAAAAUGAGAGAGGAACUUAAUGAACAAACACAACAAAUACACUUGGAAAAGAACAUAUUAGACACUGAACAACAUGAACUGAAAGUAGAAAAACAAAAAAUGGAAGAUGAAAGAAAAGCCAUCGAGCAGUCAAAGGCAUCUAUGCAGAAAGAAAUUGAGAACAAGAGACAAGAACUGGAAAAUAAAAUGGCCAAGGUCCUGCACGUGAAAAAACUGGCGGAAAAAGAAAAGGAGGACUUGAUGAGGAACUGGAAAGAACUCAACAAUCUUAAAGAGCAAAUACUAAAAGAGAGAGCUGAACUAGAGAAAAUUAAAAACAAAGCAGCAACUCACAAAAUGUUACUUGAUCAAAAAGAGGCUGAAAUGAACCAACAAAAGCAAACUGUGGAGAAAACUUUGAGGGACUUGAUGGAGGAAAGAACUCAUUUGGACAAAAUGAGAAAGGAACUUGAUGCACAAACACAACUAAUAGACGUGAAAAAGGCCACAUUAGACACUGAACAACAUGAACUGAAAGUAGAAAAACAAAAGAUGAAAGAUGAAAGAAAAGACUUGGAGCAGUCAAAGGCAUCUAUGCAGAAAGAGGUUGAGGAAAUGAAGAAUGCUCUGGAAAAGGCCAAACUAGACAUGCAGAUACUUCAUGAAAAUAUAACCGAACUAGAAAUUGAGAAAGAGCAAAAUAAGAUUAUUGUUGAAGAAGUUUACCAGAGAGAGACAGAUUUGGAAAAGAUAGAAGCAGAAAUUGCAGAGAAAAGACAAGAUAUUGAGAUAAUGAAAGUGCUUCUUGAGCAGGAGAGAAACAACAUUGACAAUAAAUGGUUGGAUUUGCAGAGAAGAGGUGACGAGUUGGAACUGCAAAUCACAACACAAAAGGAAAAGGAGGACGUAGAAAGAAAGAAAAUGAAAAAGGAGAAACAAGAACUGGAAAAUGAAAUGUCCAAGAUCCUGCAAAUGAAAGAACUGGCUGAAAAAGAAAAGGAGGACUUGGUGAGAAACUGGAAAGAACUCGACAACUGUAAAGAGCAAAUACUAAAAGAGAGAGCUGAACUAGAUGAAAUUACGAACAAAGCAGAAACUGACAAAACGCUACUUGAUCAAAAAGAGGCUGAAAUGAACCAACAAAAGCAAACUGUGGAGAAAAUUUUGAGGGACUUGAGGAAGGAAAUAACUCAUUUGGACAAAAUGAGAGAGGAACUUAAUGAACAAACACAACAAAUACACUUGGAAAAGAACAUAUUAGACACUGAACACCAUGAACUGAGAGUAGAAAAACAAAAAAUGGAAGAUGAAAGAAAAGCCAUCGAGCAGUCAAAGGCAUCUAUGCAGAAAGAGGUCGAGGAAAUGAAGACUGCUCUGGAAAAGGCCAAAGUAGACAUGCAGAUACUUCAUGAAAACAUAACCAAACUAGAAAAGGAGAAAGAGCAAAAUAAGAUUCUUGUUGAAGAAGUUCACCAGAGAGAGAAAGACUUGGAAAAAAUAGAAGGAGAAAUUGCAAAGAACAGACAAGAUAUUGAGAUAAUGAAAGUGCAGCUUGAGGAGGAGAGAAACAACAUUGACAAUAAAUGUUUGGAGUUGCAGAGGAGAGGUGAGGAGUUGGAACUGCAAAUCACAACACAAAAAGAAAAGGAGGACGUAGAAAGAAAGAAAAUAAAAGAGGAGAGACAAGAACUGGAAAAUGAAAUGGCCAAGGUCCUGCAUAUGAAAGAACUGGCUGGAAAAGAAAAGGAGGACUUGGUGAGGAACUGGAAAGAACUCGACAAUCUUAAAGAGAACAUACUAAAAGAGAGAGCUGAACUAGAUGUAAUUAGGAUCAAAACUGAAACUGACAAAACGUUACUUGAUCAAAAAGAGGCUAAAAUGAACCAACAAAAGCAAACUGUGGAGAAAACUUUGAUUGACUUGAUGGAGGAAAGAACUCAUUUAGACAAAAUGAGAGAGGAACUUGAUGCGCAAACACAACUAAUAGAAAGCAGUGUCAGAGACAACCUGAAACAAGAGAAUGACAAAGUUGAUGAGUUAAUGAAAGAAGUACAAAAGGAGAAGAUGGAUGUUAAAACUAUGAAGACAACCACAGAAGAUUUAAAGAAUGAUCUAGAAAAAAUGAAUGCCACAUUAGAAGCUGAACAAGAUGAACUGAGAGUAGAAAAACAAAAGAUGGAAGAUGAGAGAAAAGCCUUUGAGCAGUCGAAAGCAUCUAUGCAAAAAGAGGUCGAGGAAAUGAAGACUGCUCUGGAAAAGGCCAAAUUAGACAUGCAGGUACAUCAUGAAAUUAAAGUUGAACUAGAAAAGGAGAAAGAGGAAAACAAGAUUUUUGUUGAAGAACUUCACCAGAAAGAGAAAUAUUUAGAGAAGAUGAAAGGAGAAAUUGCAGAGAAAAGUCAAGAUAUUGAGACAAUGAAAGUGCUUCUUGAGCAAGAGAGAAACGACAUUGAAAAUAAAUGGUUGGAGUUGCAGAAGAGAGGUGACGAGUUGGAACUGCAAAUCACAACACAAAAGGAAAAGGAGGAUGUAGAAAGAAAGAAAAUUAAAGGGGACAGACAGGAACUGGAAAAUGAAAUGGCCAAGGUCCUGCAAAUGAAAGAACUGGCAAAAAAAGAAAAGGAGGACUUGGUGAGAAACUGGAAAGAACUCGACAAUUGUAAAGAGCAAAUACUAAAAGAGAGAGCUGAACUAGAUGAAAUUAAGAACAAAACAGCAACUGACAAAAUGUCGCUUAAUCAAAAAGAGGCUGAAAUGAACCAACAAAAGCAAACUGUGGAGAAAACUUUGAUUGCCUUGAUGGAGGAAAGAACUCAUUUGGACAAAAAGAGAGAGGAACUUGAUGCGCAAACACAACUAAUAGAAAGCAGUGUCAGAGACAACCUGAAACAGGAGAGAGACAAAGUUGAUGAGUUAAUGAAAGAAGUACAAAAGGAGAAGAUGGAUGUUGAAACUAUGAGGACAACCACAGACGAUUUAAAGAAUGAUCUAGAAAAAAUGAAGGCCACAUUAGAAGCUGAAGAAGAUGAGCUAAGGGUAGAAAAACAAAAGAUGGAAGAUGAGAGAAAAUCCUUCGAGCAGUCAACGGCAUCUAUGCAGAAAGAGGUCGAGGAAAUGAAGAAUGCUUUUGAAAAGGCCAAACUAGACAUGCAGAUACUUCAAGAAAAUAAAACCCAACUAGAACAGGAAAAAGAGGAAAACAAGAUUUUUGUUCAAGAACUUCACCAGAAAGAGAAAGAUUUAGAGAAGAUGAAAGGAGAAAUUGCAGAGAAAAGACAAGAUAUUGAGACAAUGAAAGUGCUUCUUGAGCAGGAGAGAAACAACAUUGAAAAUAAAUGGUUGGAUUUGCAGAGGAGUGGUGACGAGUUGGAACUGCAAAUCACAACACAAAAGGAAAAGGAGGACGUAGAAAGAAAGAAAAUGAAAAAGGAGAAACAAGAACUGGAAAAUGAAAUGUCCAAGAUCCUGCAAAUGAAAGAACUGGCUGAAAAAGAAAAGGAGGACUUGGUGAGAAACUGGAAAGAACUCGACAACUGUAAAGAGCAAAUACUAAAAGAGAGAGCUGAACUAGAUGAAAUUACGAACAAAGCAGAAACUGACAAAACGCUACUUGAUCAAAAAGAGGCUGAAAUGAACCAACAAAAGCAAACUGUGGAGAAAACUUUGAGGGACUUGAGGAAGGAAAGAACUCAUUUGGACAAAAUGAGAGAGGAACUUAAUGAACAAACACAACAAAUACACUUGGAAAAGAACAUAUUAGACACUGAACACCAUGAACUGAGAGUAGAAAAACAAAAAAUGGAAGAUGAAAGAAAAGCCAUCGAGCAGUCAAAGGCAUCUAUGCAGAAAGAGGUCGAUGAAAUGAAGAAUGCUCUGGAAAAGGCCAAAGUAGACAUGCGGAUACUUCAUGAAAACAUAACCAAACUAGAAAAGGAGAAAGAGCAAAAUAAGAUUCUUGUUGAAGAAGUUCACCAGAGAGAGAAAGACUUGGAAAAAAUAGAAGGAGAAAUUGCAAAGAACAGACAAGAUAUUGAGAUAAUGAAAGUGCAGCUUGAGGAGGAGAGAAACAACAUUGACAAUAAAUGUUUGGAGUUGCAGAGGAGAGGUGAGGAGUUGGAACUGCAAAUCACAACACAAAAAGAAAAGGAGGAUGUAGAAAGAAAGAAAAUAAAAGAGGAGAGACAAGAACUGGAAAAUGAAAUGGCCAAGGUCCUGCAUAUGAAAGAACUGGCUGGAAAAGAAAAGGAGGACUUGGUGAGGAACUGGAAAGAACUCGACAAUCUUAAAGAGAACAUACUAAAAGAGAGAGCUGAACUAGAUGUAAUUAGGAUCAAAACUGAAACUGACAAAACGUUACUUGAUCAAAAAGAGGCUAAAAUGAACCAACAAAAGCAAACUGUGGAGAAAACUUUGAUUGACUUGAUGGAGGAAAGAACUCAUUUAGACAAAAUGAGAGAGGAACUUGAUGCGCAAACACAACUAAUAGAAAGCAGCAUCAGAGACAACCUAAAACAAGAGAGAGACAAAGUUGAUGAGUUAAUGAAAGAAGUACAAAAGGAGAAGAUGGAUGUUAAAACUAUGAAGACAACCACAGAAGAUUUAAAGAAUGAUCUAGAAAAAAUGAAUGCCACAUUAGAAGCUGAACAAGAUGAACUGAGAGUAGAAAAACAAAAGAUGGAAGAUGAGAGAAAAGCCUUUGAGCAGUCAAAGGCAUCUAUGCAGAAAGAGGUCGAGGAAAUGAAGACUGCUCUGGAAAAGGCCAAAUUAGACAUGCAGGUACAUCAUGAAAAUAAAGUUGAACUAGAAAAGGAGAAAGAGGAAAACAAGAUUUUUGUUGAAGAACUUCACCAGAAAGAGAAAGAUUUAGAGAAGAUGAAAGGAGAAAUUGCAGAGAAAAGUCAAGAUAUUGAGACAAUGAAAGUGCUUCUUGAGCAGGAGAGAAACGACAUUGAAAAUAAAUGGUUGGAGUUGCAGAGGAGAGGUGACGAGUUGGAACUGCAAAUCACAACACAAAAGGAAAAGGAGGAUGUAGAAAGAAAGAAAAUUAAAGGGGACAGACAGGAACUGGAAAAUGAAAUGGCCAAGGUCCUGCAAAUGAAAGAACUGGCAAAAAAAGAAAAGGAGGACUUGGUGAGAAACUGGAAAGAACUCGACAAUUGUAAAGAGCAAAUACUAAAAGAGAGAGCUGAACUAGAUGAAAUUAAGAACAAAACAGCAACUGACAAAAUGUCGCUUAAUCAAAAAGAGGCUGAAAUGAACCAACAAAAGCAAACUGUGGAGAAAACUUUGAUUGCCUUGAUAGAGGAAAGAACUCAUUUGGACAAAAUGAGAAAGGAACUUGAUGCACAAACACAACUAAUAGACGUGAAAAAGGCCACAUUAGACACUGAACAACAUGAACUGAAAGUAGAAAAACAAAAGAUGAAAGAUGAAAGAAAAGACUUCGAGCAGUCAAAGGCAUCUAUGCAAAAAGAGGUAGAGGAAAUGAAGAAUGCUUUUGAAAAGGCCAAACUAGACAUGCAGAUACUUCAAGAAAAUAAAACCCAACUAGAAAAGGAGAAAGAGGAAAACAAGAUUUUUGUUGAAGAACUUCACCAGAAAGAGAAAGAUUUAGAGAAGAUGAAAGGAGAAAUUGCAGAGAAAAGUCAAGAUAUUGAGACAAUGAAAGUGCUUCUUGAGCAGGAGAGAAACAACAUUGAAAAUAAUUGGUUGGAGUUACAGAGGAGAGGUGACGAGUUGGAACUGCAAAUCACAACACAAAAGCAAAAGGAGGAUGUAGAAAGAAAGAAAAUUAAAGAGGACAGACAGGAACUGGAAAAUGAAAUGGCCAAGGUCCUGCAAAUGAAAGAACUGGCAAAAAAAGAAAAGGAGGACUUGGUGAGAAACUGGAAAGAACUCGACAAUUGUAAAGAGCAAAUACUAAAAGAGAGAGCUGAACUAGAUGAAAUUAAGAACAAAACAGCAACUGACAAAAUGUCGCUUAAUCAAAAAGAGGCUGAAAUGAACCAACAAAAGCAAACUGUGGAGAAAACUUUGAUUGCCUUGAUGGAGGAAAGAACUCAUUUGGACAAAAUGAGAGAGGAACUUGAUGCGCAAACACAACUAAUAGAAAGCAGCGUCAGAGACAACCUGAAACAGGAGAGAGACAAAGUUGAUGAGUUAAUGAAAGAAGUACAAAAGGAGAAGAUGGAUGUUGAAACUAUGAGGACAACCACAGAAGAUUUAAAGAAUGAUCUAGAAAAAAUGAAGGCCACAUUAGAAGCUGAAGAAGAUGAGCUAAGGGUAGAAAAACAAAAGAUGGAAGAUGAGAGAAAAUCCUUCGAGCAGUCAACGGCAUCUAUGCAGAAAGAGGUCGAGGAAAUGAAGAAUGCUUUUGAAAAGGCCAAACUAGACAUGCAGAUACUUCAAGAAAAUAAAACCCAACUAGAAAAGGAGAAAGAGGAAAACAAGAUUUUUGUUCAAGAACUUCACCAGAAAGAGAAAGAUUUAGAGAAGAUGAAAGGAGAAAUUGCAGAGAAAAGACAAGAUAUUGAGACAAUGAAAGUGCUUCUUGAGCAGGAGAGAAACAACAUUGACAAUAAAUGGUUGGAUUUGCAGAGGAGUGGUGACGAGUUGGAACUGCAAAUCACAACACAAAAGGAAAAGGAGGACGUAGAAAGAAAGAAAAUGAAAAAGGAGAAACAAGAACUGGAAAAUGAAAUGUCCAAGAUCCUGCAAAUGAAAGAACUGGCUGAAAAAGAAAAGGAAGACUUGGUAAGAAACUGGAAAGAACUUGACAUUUGUAAAGAGCAAAUACUAAAAGAGAGAGCUGAACUAGAUGAAAUUAAGAACAAAGCAGAAACUGACAAAACGCUACUUGAUCAAAAAGAGGCUGAAAUGAACCAACAAAAGCAAACUGUGGAGAAAACUUUGAGGGACUUGAUGAAGGAAAGAACUCAUUUGCACAAAAUGAGAGAGGAACUUAAUGAACAAACACAACAAAUACACUUGGAAAAGAACAUAUUAGACACUGAACAACAUGAACUGAAAGUAGAAAAACAAAAAAUGGAAGAUGAAAGAAAAGCCAUCGAGCAGUCAAAGGCAUCUAUGCAGAAAGAAAUUGAGAACAAGAGACAAGAACUGGAAAAUAAAAUGGCCAAGGUCCUGCACGUGAAAAAAUUGGCAGAAAAAGAAAAGGAGGACUUGAUGAGGAACUGGAAAGAACUCAACAAUCUUAAAGAGCAAAUACUAAAAGAGAGAGCUGAACUAGAGAAAAUUAAAAACAAAGCAGCAACUCACAAAAUGUUACUUGAUCAAAAAGAGGCUGAAAUGAACCAACAAAAGCAAACUGUGGAGAAAACUUUGAGGGACUUGAUGGAGGAAAGAACUCAUUUGUUCAAAAUGAGAGAGGAACUUAAUGCACAAACACAACUAAUAGACGUGAAAAAGGCCACAUUAGACACUGAACAACAUGAACUGAAAGUAGAAAAACAAAAGAUGGAAGAUGAGAGAAAAGCCUUCGAGCAGUCAAAAGCAUCUAUGCAGAAAGAGGUUGAGGAAAUGAAGAAUGCUCUGGAAAAGGCCAAACUAGACAUGCAGAUACUUCAUGAAAAUAUAACCGAACUAGAAAAGGAGAAAGAGCAAAAUAAGAUUCUUGUUGAAGAAGUUCACCAGAGAGAGAAAGACUUGGAAAAAAUAGAAGGAGAAAUUGCAAAGAACAGACAAGAUAUUGAGAUAAUGAAAGUGCAGCUUGAGGAGGAGAGAAACAACAUUGACAAUAAAUGUUUGGAGUUGCAGAGGAGAGGUGACGAGUUGGAACUGCAAAUCACAACACAAAAAGAAAAGGAGGAUGUAGAAAGAAAGAAAAUAAAAGAGGAGAGACAAGAACUGGAAAAUGAAAUGGCCAAGGUCCUGCAUAUGAAAGAACUGGCUGGAAAAGAAAAGGAGGACUUGGUGAGGAACUGGAAAGAACUCGACAAUCUUAAAGAGAACAUACUAAAAGAGAGAGCUGAACUAGAUGUAAUUAGGAUCAAAACUGAAACUGACAAAACGUUACUUGAUCAAAAAGAGGCUAAAAUGAACCAACAAAAGCAAACUGUGGAGAAAACUUUGAUUGACUUGAUGGAGGAAAGAACUCAUUUAGACAAAAUGAGAGAGGAACUUGAUGCGCAAACACAACUAAUAGAAAGCAGCAUCAGAGACAACCUGAAACAAGAGAGAGACAAAGUUGAUGAGUUAAUGAAAGAAGUACAAAAGGAGAAGAUGGAUGUUAAAACUAUGAAGACAACCACAGAAGAUUUAAAGAAUGAUCUAGAAAAAAUGAAUGCCACAUUAGAAGCUGAACAAGAUGAACUGAGAGUAGAAAAACAAAAGAUGGAAGAUGAGAGAAAAGCCUUUGAGCAGUCAAAGGCAUCUAUGCAGAAAGAGGUCGAGGAAAUGAAGACUGCUCUGGAAAAGGCCAAAUUAGACAUGCAGGUACAUCAUGAAAAUAAAGUUGAACUAGAAAAGGAGAAAGAGGAAAACAAGAUUUUUGUUGAAGAACUUCACCAGAAAGAGAAAGAUUUAGAGAAGAUGAAAGGAGAAAUUGCAGAGAAAAGUCAAGAUAUUGAGACAAUGAAAGUGCUUCUUGAGCAGGAGAGAAACGACAUUGAAAAUAAAUGGUUGGAGUUGCAGAGGAGAGGUGACGAGUUGGAACUGCAAAUCACAACACAAAAGGAAAAGGAGGAUGUAGAAAGAAAGAAAAUUAAAGGGGACAGACAGGAACUGGAAAAUGAAAUGGCCAAGGUCCUGCAAAUGAAAGAACUGGCUGAUAAAGAAAAGGAGGACUUGGUGAGAAACUGGAAAGAACUCGACAAUUGUAAAGAGCAAAUACUAAAAGAGAGAGCUGAACUAGAUGAAAUUAAGAACAAAACAGCAACUGACAAAAUGUCGCUUAAUCAAAAAGAGGCUGAAAUGAACCAACAAAAGCAAACUGUGGAGAAAACUUUGAUUGCCUUGAUGGAGGAAAGAACUCAUUUAGACAAAAAGAGAGAGGAACUUGAUGCGCAAACACAACUAAUAGAAAGCAGUGUCAGAGACAACCUGAAACAGGAAAGAGACAAAGUUGAUGAGUUAAUGAAAGAAGUACAAAAGGAGAAGAUGGAUGUUGAAACUAUGAGGACAACCACAGAAGAUUUAAAGAAUGAUCUAGAAAAAAUGAAGGCCACAUUAGAAGCUGAAGAAGAUGAGCUAAGGGUAGAAAAACAAAAGAUGGAAGAUGAGAGAAAAUCCUUCGAGCAGUCAACGGCAUCUAUGCAGAAAGAGGUCGAGGAAAUGAAGAAUGCUUUUGAAAAGGCCAAACUAGACAUGCAGAUACUUCAAGAAAAUAAAACCCAACUAGAACAGGAAAAAGAGGAAAACAAGAUUUUUGUUCAAGAACUUCACCAGAAAGAGAAAGAUUUAGAGAAGAUGAAAGGAGAAAUUGCAGAGAAAAGACAAGAUAUUGAGACAAUGAAAGUGCUUCUUGAGCAGGAGAGAAACAACAUUGACAAUAAAUGGUUGGAUUUGCAGAGGAGUGGUGACGAGUUGGAACUGCAAAUCACAACACAAAAGGAAAAGGAGGACGUAGAAAGAAAGAAAAUGAAAAAGGAGAAACAAGAACUGGAAAAUGAAAUGUCCAAGAUCCUGCAAAUGAAAGAACUGGCUGAAAAAGAAAAGGAAGACUUGGUGAGAAACUGGAAAGAACUCGACAACUGUAAAGAGCAAAUACUAAAAGAGAGAGCUGAACUAGAUGAAAUUACGAACAAAGCAGAAACUGACAAAACGCUACUUGAUCAAAAAGAGGCUGAAAUGAACCAACAAAAGCAAACUGUGGAGAAAACUUUGAGGAACUUGAUGAGGGAAAGAACUCAUUUGGACAAAAUGAGAGAGGAACUUAAUGAACAAACACAACAAAUACACUUGGAAAAGAACAUAUUAGACACUGAACAACAUGAACUGAAAGUAGAAAAACAAAAAAUGGAAGAUGAAAGAAAAGCCAUCGAGCAGUCAAAGGCAUCUAUGCAGAAAGAAAUUGAGAACAAGAGACAAGAACUGGAAAAUAAAAUGGCCAAGGUCCUGCACAUGAAAAAAUUGGCGGAAAAAGAAAAGGAGGACUUGAUGAGGAACUGGAAAGAACUCGACAAUCUUAAAGAGAACAUACUAAAAGAGAGAGCUGAACUAGAUGUAAUUAGGAUCAAAACUGAAACUGACAAAACGUUACUUGAUCAAAAAGAGGCUAAAAUGAACCAACAAAAGCAAACUGUGGAGAAAACUUUGAUUGACUUGAUGGAGGAAAGAACUCAUUUAGACAAAAUGAGAGAGGAACUUGAUGCGCAAACACAACUAAUAGAAAGCAGCGUCAGAGACGACCUGAAACAGGAGAGAGACAAAGUUGAUGAGUUAAUGAAAGAAGUACAAAAGGAGAAGAUGGAUGUUAAAACUAUGAAGACAACCACAGAAGAUUUAAAGAAUGAUCUAGAAAAAAUGAAUGCCACAUUAGAAGCUGAACAAGAUGAACUGAGAGUAGAAAAACAAAAGAUGGAAGAUGAGAGAAAAGCCUUUGAGCAGUCGAAGGCAUCUAUGCAGAAAGAGGUCGAGGAAAUGAAGACUGCUCUGGAAAAGGCCAAAUUAGACAUGCAGGUACAUCAUGAAAAUAAAGUUGAACUAGAAAAGGAGAAAGAGGAAAACAAGAUUUUUGUUGAAGAACUUCACCAGAAAGAGAAAGAUUUAGAGAAGAUGAAAGGAGAAAUUGCAGAGAAAAGUCAAGAUAUUGAGACAAUGAAAGUGCUUCUUGAGCAGGAGAGAAACGACAUUGAAAAUAAAUGGUUGGAGUUGCAGAGGAGAGGUGACGAGUUGGAACUGCAAAUCACAACACAAAAGGAAAAGGAGGAUGUAGAAAGAAAGAAAAUUAAAGGGGACAGACAGGAACUGGAAAAUAAAAUGGCCAAGGUCCUGCAAAUGAAAGAACUGGCAAAAAAAGAAAAGGAGGACUUGGUGAGAAACUGGAAAGAACUCGACAAUUGUAAAGAGCAAAUACUAAAAGAGAGAGCUGAACUAGAUGAAAUUAAGAACAAAACAGCAACUGACAAAAUGUCGCUUAAUCAAAAAGAGGCUGAAAUGAACCAACAAAAGCAAACUGUGGAGAAAACUUUGAUUGCCUUGAUAGAGGAAAGAACUCAUUUGGACAAAAUGAGAAAGGAACUUGAUGCACAAACACAACUAAUAGACGUGAAAAAGGCCACAUUAGAAACUGAACAACAUGAACUGAAAGUAGAAAAACAAAAGAUGAAAGAUGAAAGAAAAGACUUCGAGCAGUCAAAGGCAUCUAUGCAGAAAGAGGUCGAGGAAAUGAAGAAUGCUUUUGAAAAGGCCAAACUAGACAUGCAGAUACUUCAAGAAAAUAAAACCCAACUAGAAAAGGAGAAAGAGGAAAACAAGAUUUUUGUUAAAGAACUUCACCAGAAAGAGAAAGAUUUAGAGAAGAUGAAAGGAGAAAUUGCAGAGAAAAGUCAAGAUAUUGAGACAAUGAAAGUGCUUUUUGAGCAGGAGAGAAACAACAUUGAAAAUAAUUGGUUGGAGUUACAGAGGAGAGGUGACGAGUUGGAACUGCAAAUCACAACACAAAAGGAAAAGGAGGAUGUAGAAAGAAAGAAAAUUAAAGAGGACAGACAGGAACUGGAAAAUGAAAUGGCCAAGGUCCUGCAAAUGAAAGAACUGGCUGAAAAAGAAAAGGAGGACUUGGUGAGAAACUGGAACGAACUCGACAAUUGUAAAGAGCAAAUACUAAAAGAGAGAGCUGAACUAGAUGAAAUUAAGAACAAAACAGCAACUGACAAAAUGUCGCUUAAUCAAAAAGAGGCUGAAAUGAACCAACAAAAGCAAACUGUGGAGAAAACUUUGAAAGACAUGAUAGAGGAAAGAACUCAUUUGGACAAAAUGAGAAAGGAACUGGACACACAAACACAACUAAUAGACGUGGAAAAGGCCACACUAGACACUGAACAACAUGAACUGAAAGUAGAAAAACAAAAGAUGGAAGAUGAGAGAAAAGCCUUCGAGCAGUCAAAGGCAUCUAUGCAGAAAGAGGUUGAAGACAUGAAGAAUGCUCUUGAAAAUGCCAAACUAGACUUUCAGAUACUUCAUGAAAAUAAAACUGAACAAGAAAAGGAGAAAGAGCAAAAUAAGAUUCUUGCUGAAGAAGUUCACCAGAAAGAGAAAGACUUGGAAAAGAUGAAAGGAGAAAUUGCAGACAUAAGUCAAGAUAUUGAGAUAAUGAAAGUGCUUCUUAUGCAAGAGAGAAAUGACAUCGACAAUAAAUGGUUGGAUUUGAAGAGGAGAGGUGAAGAGUUUAAACUGCAAAUCACAACUCAAAAGGAAAAGGAGGACGUAAAAAGUACAAAAAUGAAAGAGGAGAGACAAGAACUGGAAAAUGAAAUGGCCAAGGUCCUGCGAAUGAAAGAACUGGCUGAAAAAGAAAAGGAAGACUUGGUGAGAAACUGGAAAGAACUCGAGAUUCUUAAAGAGCAAAUACUAAAAGAGAGAGCUGAACUAGAUGUAAUACAGAACAAAACAGCAACUAACCAAACGUUACUUGCUGAAAAAGAGGCUGAAAUGAACCAACAAAAGCAAACUGUGGAGAAAACUUUGAGGGACUUGAUGGAGGAAAGAACUUAUUUGGACAAAAUGAGAGAGGAACUUGAUGCACAAACACAACUAAUAGACGUGGAAAAGGCCACAUUAGACACUGAACAACAUGAACUGAGAGUAGAAAAACAAAAGAUGGAAGAUCAGAGAAAAGCCUUCGAGCAGUCAAAGGCAUCUAUGCAGAAAGAGGUCGAGGAAAUGAAGAAUGCUCUGGAAAAGGCCAAAGUAGACAUGCGGAUACUUCAUGAAAACAUAACCGAAGUAGAAAAGGAGAAAGAGCAAAAUAAGAUUCUUGUUGAAGAAGUUCACCAAAAAGAGAAAGACUUGGAAAAGAUGAAAGGAGAAAUUGCAGAGAGAAGACAAGAUAUUGAGACAAUGAAAGUGCUUCUUGAGCAGGAGAGAAACGACAUUGACAAUAAAUGGUUGGAGUUGCAGAGGAGAGGUGAAGAGUUUGAACUGCAAAUCAAAACACAAAAGAAAAAGGAGGACGUAGAAAGAAGGAAAAUGGAAGAGGAGAGACAAGAACUGGAAUAUAAAAAGGCCAAAAUCCUGCAAAUGAAAGAACUGGCUGAAAAAGAAAAAGAAGAUUUUGUGAGAAGUUUGAAAGAACUCGACAACUGUAAAGAGCAAAUACUAAAAGAGAGAACUGAACUAGAUGUAAUUAAGAACAAAGCAGCAUCUGACAAACUGUUGCUUGUUGAAAAAGAGGCUGAAAUUAACCAACAAAAGCAAACUGUGGAGAAAACUUUGAGGGAGUUGAUGGAGGAAAGAACUCAUUUGGACAAAAUGAGAAAGGAACCUGACACACAAACACAACUAAUAGAAAGCAGCGUCAGAGACAACCUGAAACAAGAGGGAGACAAAGUUGAUGAGUUAAUGAAAGAAGUACAAAAGGAGAAGAUGGAUGUUGAACCUAUGAAGACAAUUACAGAAGAUUUAAAGAAUGAGCUAGAACAAACGCAGGCCACACUAGACACUGAACAACAUGAACUGAAAGUAGAAAAACAAAAGAUGGAAGAUGAAAGAAAAGACUUCGAGCAGUCAAAGGCAUCUAUGCAGAAAGAGGUUGAGGAAAUGAAGAAUGCUCUGGAAAAGGCCAAACUAGACAUUCAGAUACUUCAUGAAAACAACACCGAAGUAGAUAAGGAGAAAGAGCAAAAUAAGAUUCUUGUUGAAGAAGUUCACCAAAAAGAGAAAGACUUGGAAAAGAUGAAAGGAGAAAUUGCAGAGAAAAGACAAGAUAUUGAGAUAAUGAAAGUGCUUCUUGAGCAGGAGAGAAACGAAAUUGACAAUAAAUGUUUGGAGCUGCAGAGGAGAAGUGAAGAGUUGGAACUGCAAAUCACAACACAAAAGGAAAAGGAGGAUGUAGAAAAAAAGAAAAUGAAAGAGGAGAGACAAGUAUUGGAAAAUGAAAUGGCCAAGGUUCUGCAAAUGAAAGAACUGGCUGACAAAGAAAAAAAGGACUUGGUGAGAAACUGGAAAGAACUCGAGCUUCUUAAAGAGCAAAUACUAAAAGAGAGAGCUGAACUAGAUGAAAUGAAGAACAAAGCAGAAACUGGGAAAAGGUUACCUGAACUAAAAGAGGCUGAAAUGAACCAACAAAAGCAAACUGUGGAGAAAAUUGUGAUGAAGGAAGAAAUGAACCUGGAUGAGACAGGAAUUAAAGACAUUCUAGACAAUCAAGAACAACAAGAUACAGAACAAUUGAUGAAGCUGGACAAAAUGCAGGAAAAAGAUGAUGACGACAAAACAAGUGUUUCUAGUACAAAUCAAGAAAUAAAAAAAGAACUGGAACAUAGCAUAUACGAUUUGAAUAAACAGAAGAGUAGCAUAGUUCUGGAGGUUGUGAUGCAGAGGCAGAACCUGGUACAGUUAAAUGCAGAAAUGCAUAAAGUAAGAGAAGACCUAGCUGUCCUUCAGGAAUUAUUACAAAACAAACAUGCUGAGUUGGAUCAACUCAAAGCUCAAAUCCAAAUACAAAAAAAUCUAAUGGGAAAUGUUGAUGCUGGCAAAUGGAUAAGUUCAAUUAAGGUGCCACAGAAUUCGAUUAAAACAGACAAUCAGACACAAACAACUGAGGAUGACAUUGUUCCAUUGAUCAGCGAUUCUGCAGUUGUAACAAGGGAAACACUUUUCAGAAAAGAAUUUGAAAUCCCAACACAAUCCCUAAAAAUGGAGAAGAAACAUGACUUGGGGAAGCCUGUGGUGAGAAGUAAUCAGACAGAGAUGGAAAAAGAGUGGACUGCACUUCAGCAAUCUAAAAUAGCACUGGAUAGACAACAGGAAGAUUUAUGCACAUCCAAACAAAACACAGAGAAUGAGAAGACAGAACUGGAAAUGACAAAGAAGAAUAUGAUACAAUACAUGAAGCAGAUGCAGGAAGAGUUAAAGAAUACACAAGCAAAAUCAGAUCAACUUGAGCUUCAGAUAAAAGAACAGAGGAUAAAACUGGAAAGCAUUUUAGAUGAGAUUAAGGAAAAGAGAGACAAACUUGAAAUGCUCAGUGUAGAGAUACAAAGAGUUAAAAAUGAGAAAGAAGACAAUGAAAAUCUGAGAGCUUUGAUAUAUACGCAACAACACCACAUGAAACAAUUAAGGGAAAAAUUAGAAGCACAGAAGGAAAUCGGGAGAGUAGCAAUUAUAAGUGAAGGAAAAGACACUGUGGAUCAACAAAUUACAAAAGAAGUGGCUGACCGAGAUGAAUGCAUACCAGAAGUAGAACAGAGUCUUAAAGUCAAUGACUUAAUGGAAUCCCUGAGAGGAGAAAAAGACAAAACAAUGCAAAUGAAAUCUGAACUUCUAAAAUAUCAGAGGGAAAUUGAGGAACUAAGAAAUGAGCUUAAACAGGUAAAAUGUGAAGCACAAGAGAAAAUAAAGCAUAUGGAGCGCACUUUGGAAAAGUAUGAGAAAGACAAUGACGAAGCAAAAGACAUGAUAAAUAAACUUCAAAAUGAAAAGGCAACCAUUGAGGUCAUUCUUGAAGAAGCAAAGGAAAGGAUCAGAAACUUGGAACUCAUGAAUGACAAUAUAAAAAGACAGAAUAAAGAUCUAGAGGACAAGAAUCAGCUGCUUGAAAGCCAGAUGAGUCAUUUGAAAAAGAAAAUAGAAGUCUUACAGAAAGAGGGUGACGAAAUGAGCAUCAAUUUAAAUAAACAAGAAGAAAAAGAAAAAGAAGAGCUAGAACUCAAGAAACAACAAUCAAUGAUUAAAGAGAAUAACCUGAAACUAACUAAGUAUGAGCUACAAAAAAAGACAGAGGAUGUAGAAACUCUUAUGGAAAAUGUAAAGAAAGAGAAGGAGGCACUAGAGAAAAAGGCCAUUAAACAGGAAAAUGAGAAGGAACAACAGAAACACCUUCAAGAACAGUUAGAAAGAGAAUUGCAAAUUUUAAAGCACACAAAUGAUGUUCUUACAGUGGAGAAAAAUGAAAUUGAGCAAAGAAAGAUGCAAAUACAGAGACAAAAAGAUGACCUUCAAGACAUUUUAAGCACAAAGCAAAAAGAAUUUGAGAUCAAGGAAAAUGACAUUGAAAGAGAAAAAGCUUUUCUGAAGAAGAUGAAAUUUGACUUGGAAAGGGUAAGCACUGAAAUAAACACUGAAAAAGAACAGCUGAGUCUUAAGAGAAAUGACCUUGAGCGCUGGGAGGUAGAACUACAGGAACAAAGAAAUGAAAAUGUGGCAUUGAAGACCUCAUUAACAAUCGAGAAGGAUCAGUUGGAGAAAGCAAAGGCUGACUUACAACUAAUUCAAUAUGAGAUGAACAUCUUGAAAGAAACCAAAAAUGAGAAGUACGCAGAGGAGCAGCUGAAGUAUGACACUGAUAUAAAGGCAAAGAGGAAAGAGUACAUAAGUCAUGAGGAACCAACAACAGCAAAAGUUGAAUGGGAUCAAUCACAUAGCAUGCUACAAGAUAAGGAGGAAACUGAGAAUCAACAGACACUUACAAGGUUAAUGGAUGAGCUUAAACAGAAGGAAUGGAGAAUUAGGCUUGACAGAGAAAACAUUCAAAAGGAAACAAACAGUUUGGAGCAGGUCAAGGCAGAGACACAAAGACAGGCUGAGAAUAUUGAGAAACAAAUGAAGGAAACACAGACUGAGAAAGUCAGAGUGGAGGAAAUGGUUGUUCUACUUAAAAAGGAUAAGGAGGAAUUUCAAACAGUUAUUGAGGAGACCAAGAGGCGUCAGGUGGAAAUAGAAACACUGCAAGCUGAUUUAGAAAGACAGAAAAAUGAAAUUCAAGCCAGUCUAGAAUUGCUUCAGAAAGAAAAGAAUGACAUGAAGAAGAGCAGAGCAGAGAUUGAGACUUCUAAGAAAGAUGUUGAAAAGCAGAUUGUUGAACAAAUGGAGAAGGACAUGAUGACAAAGACAAUGUUACAAAAAGAAAUGGAGGUUCUACAAGAGUUAAAUAUGAAUAUAACAACUGAAAGAGAAGCUAUGGUAAAAGAAAAGAACAACAUUAGACAUAAAGAAUUUGAACUGAAAACACAGUGGAAGGAAAUGGAGGAACAAAAAGACUGUCUCAUGGUGGAAAUAGGUCAGCUUGAGAAGAGACAGCAAGACCUGGAUAACUUAGCAAAACAAAUAAAAAGAGAACAAACUAAAGUACAAUCUACUACGGCUGAAAUAGGAAUACAGACUCAGACUACUGGAGAGGUAAUGGAGGACACAACAAAGAAACAGGACUUGAAAGAAAUUUCAGACCAGCUCGAAAUGAAAAGAGAAGAGUUAGCGACCAUCCUUAAGGAAGUACAAAGGAAAAAGAAGGAUCUGGAGCAAGUAAAUGCUAAGCUACUAAAACAGCAUGAAGAAAUUAUUUACAAGCAAAGGGAGAGAGAGAAACUUGAACAACUGAAAAGAAACAUUCAAAAAGAUAAGAAGGAAACUGAUGACCACACGGAGCACCUGCAGAUAAUGAAAGGUCUUACUGAAAAUGCCAGUGCUGAUCUUGAAAUACAAAGAAUGCCAUUGCAACUCACAGAGCAAAAUAUAGCACACCAGAGAACCUUACUGCAACAAGAAAAAGAUGACAUGGAGAACACCAGGAGGAGAACUAGGGAAGAAUUACAGGUGAUGACCUUUCAAUUAGAAGAGUGUAACAAGGAGCUGGACACUAUAAGUGCACAGACAAAUGAGAAGCAGAGGGAACUCGAAAUGAUAAAGAAGGAAAUCCAUGAAAAGAAACAAGUCCUGGAACAUUUAAAAGAAAUAUCUGCAAAACAAAAGCAAGCUAAAGUAACAGACACAGACCCGCUACCUGUACAGAAAGCUAAAAAAGCAGAUAUUUUAAAAUUGGAUGAUGUGUACAAAAACAAUCAUGCAGAUGCAUGCACACAAACCUACAUGGAGAAAAUGUACGGCAAUGAAAUGAUGCAUGGAAAACAUGUUCUUAAUGUUAUACAAACAUAUGAGGACACAAAGGAUGUUUGCAUACAGUGCAAACUGGAAAAACAAAUGAAGGAUACAGAAACCAUGACAGAAAUUACUAUGGAAAAAGAAGUCUCAGAGAAAGAAAGACAAAUUCAAAUAUCCAUAAAAUACCUUCAGAGUAAUAAAAUAACAUAUGAGGAAAUGAGUAGAACAAUUGAGGAAAUGAGGAAGGAACUAGAUGACAGACUGGAAGACAUUCUACUGAAGGAAAUUGAGAGAACUGGAUUACGGAGAGAUCAAAUUGAGACAGAACUUAGAAGAGCAACAAUGGAGAGCUAUAAUGCAGCAAUUAUUCAGGAAAUGGACAAAGAGCGGCAGAACAGUUUAGAAAAAGAAAAGCAACUCAUAUUGUUAAAGGAAUCUAUGCUGUUGGAAAUAAGUCAGAUUAAGAGCAAGAAGACAGACACAAGCACCAAAUACCUACAGAGGCUGGAGCAGCUCACAAAUCAAACAGCCACAAUUAAAGACAGAAUCAGGGGGGUGACAGAUCAAGCUGUCCAAACUCUGGCCGAGAAGAGUCAAGACAGGCAUACAAGAGAAAAGAAAACACGGACUGGUCAACAAGUGGGCAUACAGUUGGACAGGCCAGUGGCGUCUGCCAGCUCUUCACAGCAUGUACUGGUUGAAGAUGAGGAUGAGACAUUUAGCAGCAAUGCUAAGAGGAGAGAACAACCUACAAACACUUCACAAAGAUGGCGGCUACUGCAUUGGAUCAGACGAUCAUGCUCUAGCUGUUGCAAAACAGAAAAUAAACAAGAGAAAGAAGACUGUUAAUCCUGAGGCUGGACAGUGUGGUUUUAACAAACCAAAUUCAUGCAAACCUAAAAAGAUCUUAAGGCUAAGACGACCAGUUUUUACUUACCUUGUGUGCUUCUAUUAUGCUUUGAAACUGCUAUAGAAACUGCUAAAGAACCAAUAAUGUGGAUAUAAUCCUGCAUAGCUUUAGGGCACUAACAUUUUUAUCAGUAUGUAUCAGACCAAAUAUUACAGUAUAACUCUUUUCUAUUCUCAUAAGGGCUAGAUAACUCUAACACUUACUAAAAAGGUUUUCAAUCUUUUUUGGCCAAAGACCUGAUUUUAUAAGUUUAAAAUCUUAGUAACCCAACUUCUUAUAUCAUGGCCAAUUUUCCAAGUAAAUUUUUGUAAAUAUGAGAGCUUUACAAUUUUUUAUAAAUAAUAAAAUGGUGGCAUGCUACAACCUUUAUUUCAUAUGUUUGAUUGAUCUACCUAGAACUAGAAUCAAUGAUUUGGGAAACAAUCACAUCUUCAUAUCAAGUGGCCCUAUGUGGGGUCAUGCCCCAAAGUUUGAGAGCCACUGUUUUACUACAAGUUAUCUUUAAGAAUAAAAACAAAUGAGAAAACAAUGAGAAGAUAAUGCUUACACAAUGUUAAAAUACCCAGAUUACAUUUUUAUAGUGUGUAAGGAAUGUAUAGCAAUAAUUUUUGUUUUUAUGCAGAAAUAAUUGACUUGUGACCAACUUUGUGUACCAUUUUCCCCAUGGUUAUAAUAAUAAUUAUUAUCAUUAAUGAUUGUGACUUUGCAAGUGUGUGAAACUUACAGCAAUAUUUUGUGCAUUUGUGUACCUGGAUGUGUUAUUUCUAUAAACUAACCUUGUUUUUUCAGAACUAAAACAACUUUACUAGCAUGUGUUUUACCUACUAUGAGUUCAUUUUAAACUUUGUGGAUAUUUAGUAAAAUGUCUUUGUAAAAAGGUUUAAGGUAAAAUUUGUACAUCCCUGCCCCAUAUGGUGCAUUUCUUAACACCCAUAAUUCUGCUGUCCUAGGUGCUCAUGGGCAUUUUACUCAUUUAGGCCCAUUAAGUGACAGAAGACUCAAACUCAAACCCCAGACCAUCAAGCUGUGACAAAUGCCAUGCGACAGAAUUAAGCACCCAGCAUUCUGAGAGCAUGUUGAGGUGUUUUCAUAUGUUGCAUGACUAGUGAAAGGCUGCAUUGUCCUUGGAGGAGACAUGUACUGGCCUUCAGCUGUCCAGCCUGGUGUUGUGUGGUGGUGAGGGGAGUUUCUGUCCAUGACUUAAUUGCUCUGAUCAUAAAUUGGGUAAGAGUGCUAUGUCUGCAACAAUGCUGAAAUCUCGAGCUCUGCUAUCAGCCGGCCGGGUACAUACACAGACACACGAUUGGCUGUGUGCCUGUAGGAGAGGGACAAUGGCUGAAACAGGGUUUCUUGUCGCUGGUGUGGCCUCUGCUGACCGGUCGAGGGGCGGCUGAUCACAGAUGGCAGUGCGUAGCUCUCCGCAUGCGAUACUGCGCUCUGUAAGACUCCGCCCUGGUAGGUGAAAAGAAGCGAUCAGCUGCAUGUGUGUCGGAGGGGGUGCAUGACAGCCUCUGCUUUCCUCAAUCGGGGGUGAGAGUGGCCGCAACGACAAGGGAGAGAUAAGCUCUGAUUGGCCACGAAUUAAUUUGAUGCAAAAAGAAAAAUAGUACUAUGUCUGAUUUUAGUCACUGAAAUAAAAGAGAAUGUCACAUGGCACCAAAAGGAAAUUCUGCAUCUAUGUAGGGAUGAUACUGCAAACUUACCUUAACAAUCGUGUCUAAUUGGAAAGGAAGCUACUAAAUAAUAACUGACUUUUAAAUAUGAUAUGAUAUGAACACUUAAGAAAAACAACAAACUUAAACAUAGGAUGACAUUCAGUAGUACACUGCAUUUUGAAUCCAUUAUGUAUAAACACAUUGCAAUAAAUAAAGCCUUAUGUUGAUUUUA